GGAGCUCAGGACGUUCACAUGCGGUUCCGCGUCUAUGAAGCGUGCAGGAUUUGUCAGGUUGAUGAAGUGUGUAAAGCAGAGAGAAGGGAAGAGGGAGGGGGACUUCUUCAGUAAAUGUUAUGACGGUGGGAUGGUGAGAGGGGGGAGUGUGUGAGGAGAUGGGCUGCGCCUCGGCUAAGCAGGUAUCGGCCGUGCCGAGUGACGACGAGGGCCGAGGAAAAGCCUACAGCAACGGAGAUGUCUACUCCGAUGAGUACAAGAUAAAAGGGGUCGAGGAGGUAAAGUACAUGCGUGGAGAUGAGGACCGAGUGAAUGCACGCAACCAGGAGAACCUGGAGAAUAGUUCGACACAGAACAAAACCAGGCUUCACAAAGAGGUGCCAGGAGCCAACGCCAACAAGGCCAAUAUUCAUACGUCAGAGAGUCAGCAGGAGUUCUUCAGAAUGCUGGACGAGAAGAUUGAGAAGGGACGAGACUACUGUUGGGAUGAAGAGCGAACGAGAGAGAAUGAAAGAAAAACAGAGAGAACAUUCCCUUCUAUGGAGUAAAUUCAAAUAAGUGUUCAGAUUAGAGGUGUGUGUGUGUGUGUGUGUGUGUGUGUGUGUGUGUGUGUGUGUGUGCGUGCGUGCAUGUGAGUGAGUGAGAAUGAGAAAGAGAGAGAAAGUAAAAGCAAAGAAGUCUGGAAGUUCCCCUUAAGAACUAGAACUCCACCCUCUUGUCCCUUUUCCUCCCUCCGUCUCCGGUGGAAUAACGACUCGGACGUCUUGAUUGACAUCCAUUCAGACGACCUGUCGAGGGAGGAUUGAACCCUGCCCCCCCUCUCCUCCUGCCUCACCAUGUUUGGUUGGUCCUGGAUGCACAACUUCCUCUUCAAAUGUGAAAGACAAAGAGAAGAAAGGAUGAAAAAGGAAAACAGGAUGUUUUUCUGCCCUUGGGAUGAAAACACGGGAUGAAAGGAUGUAACGCAGAACUGUUUGCGUGUGCGUGCGCUCGAUCUGUAAAGAAAUACACAAAGGAUAUUUUACUAAGAGAGAUAUGAGGGAGUGGAAAGCUUCAAACUCCUGCCAUUUGAAGGACAUCUUUUUUUUUCAUUUGUGGAGUUUUGAUUUUAUCAUUGUAUUUUUGUUUGCUAUUAUUGUUGUUUUUUUCAUAUCGUAGCAUUUCCCCUUCAGACGAAAAAUGUAAUGGGGUCGCACUGGGCCGCACUUACCCCAUACACAACCUUCACACACACACACACACACACUGAAAUAUGGAAUGUGGCCAGAUCUGACAUCACACAUCCCGUUCUUCAGUUCUCAAACCUGAUUGGUCAAAAAGUGUUAAAUGAUUUUACUAAACAGUGACAGUAGCACGUUAUUGUUUCUAUAGUAACAGCUCAUUCAUGGGGACUCGUCCAACAGACAACUUACAUAAUCUAAGGCUAAUAAUAAACAACGUGUAAGACGUGUACUUGUUGAUAUGGUGAAGGUUCGUGAAGGGACGCUUUAACUUAACAUGGAUGGAUGGAUGGAAGGAGUCUCCAGGGUCAGAGCUUAAUCAGACCUUUUCAUAGUUUAUGUUUGGAGAAGAGUCGCAGAGUAAAUCUUUGGAGCUGCUAUAACGUAACCGAGAGAAGAAACGAACUAUACAAGACGUAAUUGGUUGCAAAACAUCAAUGACCUCAUAGAUAUGCUUCACAAGAUCCUCAGGGAUGGAAAAUAAGGUAAAACAGUGUUCAAACUGACACCUAUUAGACAUUAAGAGACGGAUAGAACGAGCUGAACACACAUUACAAUAUAAUACAAACAAUUUUUUUCACAUGGUUACAGCAGUUUAUUGAUAUUAAUGACUUACUGAGCAAAAUGUACCAGAUUUUAAUGAUGAUUUGAAUGAUAUUUUACUGAAAGACGUUUCUGUUUUGUAUAAUCCUCAUCACCUGAGGUAAAAAAAGUCUUCUUUUCAUUCGUUUCACACCCUGUUGAUAAAAUACUCUAUGUGAACAAAAGUUUGUGGACACCUGUCAAUAAGAUUGUGCUUUUUGCACAUCCCAUUCCACUAGAGUUUGAUGUGGGAGUUUUGAAAGUCUGGUGUCCAAAUACUUUUGUCAAUUAUUGUAUAAUAUAAGUGUGAAAGAUUGGAAAUAGAAAUAGGACUAUAAGCGAUUUAAAGAAAAGCCCCACCCCCUUUCCUCUUUCUCUGCCAAUCAGGUUCAACAAAAUAUCUUUCGGGGGUGGGGCUUGGAUUAUUGGGUGGGUUACUUUUUUUUUUCACCAAAAAUCACUCCAGGUGAAUUUCGGUGGUGUUUUCCAGACUGUUCUGUAGCAGACUUGUUGUUUACCAGGUUUGGUGAAUUUUCUGCCUCGUCAGCUGUUUUUAAUCAAACAGAUCUGGGAAAUGUGGAUCGUUGUUCUUUCCCUGAGUACAUGUAAACAACAUUUACAUACAAUGUGAAAUUUUGGCAGAAAAAACACACACACACACACACACGUGAGAGGUUUGUGAGGUGACAGUGCGAACUCCUGCUUCUGUUCUCUUUACUCAUGAAACUUCUCCUUUUUUGGGGGAUGAUGUUAUUUUCCAAUAAUUUUUUAUUAAAUCUGAAAAAAGAGCAA